AUGGCGAAUCACACAGAGCAAGAGCGAGUAGUGCAGCGAUUUCUGGACAUUAUGCGCUCGCGCAACCUAGCCUUGUUGUCAGAAGUUUUCGCUCCAAAAGCCCCGUGGUGGGUUUCGGGCAAUCCCCAAUACAAUCCUAUCGCGGGUAUACAGCCCUGGGAGGCACGGACGAAAGAGUUUAACCAACUGAUCACCACUUUCGACAACUUCCAAGUGACCCUCGAGAGACUGACAAUUCAGGACAACACAGUUGUCGCCGAGAUCUCGCCCGUGGGGACUAGUGAGGGAAAGCCGAGCUAUGAGAAUCAUAUGGGUUGUAUCUUCGAGGUGGAGAAUGGUAAAGUGAUUGGAGUGAAAGAAUAUGUCGACCUAGAUACUGUAGCUAAGUACUUCGAAGAUCUUGAGAAGGUGAAGCUGGGUGAGAAGCGGUGA